UCAUCGGGGUCUUUUAUGCAGAAAAUAUAAUGAGACAGGAGCCUUUGGUCAAAGUGGUUUCAGAUCAAUAAAUAGCUUGAAGUGGAACGGAUUUACUAGGGAGAAAAUUUCUUUUCUUUUGCGAUGUCGAAGGAAUUGUACGCCCCUGCUCUUGGAUUUAUCAUGUUGUCAAUUGGAAUUAGACUAUCUAUGGAUGAUUUUUCCCUUGCAUUUCAGAGACCUCUUAACAAUAUCUAUAGGGUUUGUGGCACAAUAUGUGCUGAAACCAGCUCUUGGCGUGUUGGUGGCAAGGGCAUUUCGAAUCUCUCCCAUGUUCUGUGCUGGUUUUGUCCUCAUGUCUUGUGUUGCUGGGGCUCAGCUAUCCAGCUAUGCUAGUUUCUUGAGCAGAGGGGAUGUGGCCCUGAGCGUUCUCUUGACAAGCUCGACCACCAUUGCUUCAGUUAUUGUUACUCCACUUUUAACAGGCCUUCUUAUUGGGUCUAUUGUUCAACUUGAUGCAAUUGAAAUGUCAAAGUCCAUUUCACAGGUAGUGUACACAUUAGGAGUUGUUCUUGUUCCCAUCACAAUUGGGCUCGUGCUAAAUACUUAUGCAAAAUCUUUUGUAAACUUUCUUCAACCUGUGAUGCCAUUUGUUGCAAUGGUUUGUACUUCCUUGUGUAUUGGCAGCCCUCUUGCUAUUAACCAGGGUCAGCUUCUUUCGGCUGAGGGUCUGCAAUUGGUUGGUCCUGUGUUGACAUUUCGUGUAGUUGCAUUCACCUUGGGUUACUGGAUCUCCAAAGUACCACUUCUGAGGCAAAAUGAAGAAGCGUGCAGAACAAUUUCAUUGUGCACGGGGAUGCAAAGUUCUACGCUGGCAGGGGUUCUUGCCGCCCAAUUCCUUGGGAGCAGUAGUCAAGCGGUUCCCGCUGCAUUCUCAGUAGUUGCUAUGGCGAUCAUGGGCCUUUGUCUUGCAUCUUUCUGGGGCAGUGGCUCUCUACGAGCGAGCUCUGCGGUCUACAGACUACAGUCCAGCCUUAGUGAAGAAGUAAGCAUUAAUUGGAUGAAGUAUUUGAUUCCAGGAGACUGACCCACCGAGGCAAAUUAUAUUCAUAGAAAUUAAGAAUAAUACGUACGAGACUUGGAAGAAAGGCGGCAUCAAUGAGAUAUAUAGGAGAGUGUAGAGAGCAGGAAAUAUGCUUAAUUAGGAGGAGAUGGUUUUCCUGUGGAGUGCUCAUGCACCCUGUUUUUGCUUAAUCAUAUAUGCAGUAGUGUCAAAGUAGUAACAUGGAAAUGCAAUAGAGAAAUAAUGCUUUUAACUUUGGCUAUAUAUAUAGUUGUGAUUUGCGUCAUCCAUUUUAGUUCUGGCUGUGUGGAUAUAUAGGACCAUUCUUGCAGGAAAUCAAAAUGCUUUUUUUAAUUUCUUCAUCUGAUGAACAAAGUGCUGAUGGCCUGCUCAGUGCUUCCCAAUGGACAAAGGCUCAUCAGCAGUUGCUUGCCCGCUCUACACUUACGAUCCAUCUCAUUCAUGUAUUGAUUGUUGUGCCCAGACAAAAAAGAAUUGGGCCGAAUCAAUCAACAAAGCAAUGGGCUUUAUUUAAUUGGGCCACUGUGUGUAAUGUGGGGAUGGUUUAAUCCCGGGCCGAGCCGAUGAGACAGAGGCUGACUACAUCUGCAUCUAGCAGUAGCAGAACAAAGUGAACGACCAGAUUAAAAGGAUCAUCAUCAUCAUCAUCAUGUGAGAGGCCAGAACUUCUCUUCUCUGUCGGGGCCGGCCCGAAAAGAAGGCUUAAUUAAUUAAUUUGUAUGCGCAGACUUGACACUUCUAGACAGACACACUCAGC